GGACAGCCUAUCACGGAGCUGAUUACAUGAGACGUCCUACAGCCAGAAAGUAAAUAUUCAGAGGAACUCUGCUGCUGCUGCUAGUCUAGUGCUGGACCCUCCUUGCUGCAACCUGCACUUGUAAUCACAGCACACUCACUACCGCUGACCAUGACUGACCCAAAGGAAGGGGCUGUUGUGAUUAUUGGAAGUGGACUCAUUGGUCGCAGUUGGGCCAUGGUGUUUGCAAGUGGGGGAUUUAACGUUAGACUGUAUGAUAUUGUGAAAGAGCAAGUUACUGCCGCCCUGGAGGAUAUACGGAAACAGAUGGAGGAACUGAGGAAUUCAGGAAUGCUCAGGGGAAGUCUGAGUGUCCAUGAGCAAAUCUCUCUGAUCAGCGGCUGGAGUGACUUGAAGUUGGCACUAGAGGGAGCUAUAUUCAUUCAAGAAUGUGUCCCUGAGAAUCUGGAAUUAAAGCUGAAGAUAUUUUCUGACAUAGAUCUCUACGUGAAUGAUUCAGCCGUAAUAAGUAGCUCAACCUCCUGCCUCUCACCCACAAAGAUGUUUAAUGGCCUCCGACAUGUCAGGAACUGCAUAGUAGCGCAUCCUGUGAAUCCACCGUAUUAUGUUCCCUUAGUGGAGCUGGUUCCCCACCCUCAGACGGAACCUGUCACAGUGGAGAGAACAUAUGAUCUCAUGAAGAAAGUUGGUCAGUCUCCUGUGAAAUUAAUGAAGGAAACAGAUGGGUUUGUGUUGAAUCGGCUUCAAUAUGCAGUGAUUAGCGAGGCAUGGAGACUUAUUCAGGAUGGAGUGAUAUCCCCACGGGAUGUGGACACUGUCAUGUCGGAAGGUCUUGGGAUGAGAUAUGCUUUUCUUGGUCCCCUGGAAACUGCACAUCUUAAUGCCGAAGGGUUCAAGAGUUACUGUGAGCGCUAUGGAGAAAGCAUUCAGCGGGUCUUGGACACUUUCGGACCGGUGCCAAAUUUUAGUGGCGACGUUGCUGAACAGAUUGACCAGGCACUGUGGGAUGACCAGCCUGAUAAAAAUGAUCAGCUGAAGGCACGGAGAGAGUGGAGAGACGCUUGUCUGAGUCACCUGGCCAAGCUGAAGAAAGACAUUAAAAGGAAUUAAUUGUGUGUUUGCAUCGAGAUGAUUCAAUGUGUCAUUCAGUGCACAGUUUUGCUAAUCCCCAGCCUUUUGGCAUGAACCAGUAUAAUCCCUGCCAGUAGGCACUGCAGUAGCUUCUAUUACAGCAAAAUCAUAGUCUUGUGUUUCUCAGUUCCGUGGUUAUUUCAUUAUGGGAACCAAUAAACCCUUUAUGGAAACAUG